GAGUGGCCACUGGCCAUCCCAUCCAUCCGGUACACAUCCCCACCCUCCGGUCUCAGGCGACGUGAGAAUCCUCCUUCACUUUCCCUCCCAACGCAUGAGCGCAAUUUCCCUCCCAGUUCCGACUCCGAGUCAGAGAUGGCUGCCGCCGUCUCCGCAGGUAUCUCUCACGAGCUUCUUCUCGGCGUCUGCUCCUCGACUCCGAAAUCUAGGACUCUCUUCAGAAACAACAAUUCCAACUGCUUCAUUCUUCGUUCGCGAACCGUCCCGAGAUCUCUCUCGCAGAGAGGAAACUCUGAAGCAUCGUCCAACGCUCCGGAGGUUUCUCCGAUUCCGGUAUCUAAUGCACAACUUGAAAACGACGACCUGCCGGUCCCUCUUCUCCGUCGCGUCAGAAACGCAAUCAAGCUAGAUGAGCUGGGUUUGGAGAUUUUGUCGAUUGCCUUCCCUGCUGCUUUAGCUCUCGCCGCUGAUCCUAUCAUUUCUCUGGUCGACACAGCCUUUGUUGGUCACAUCGGAGCGGUUGAACUAGCGGCAGUUGGAGUAUCGGUUUCGAUAUUCAAUCUGGUAUCUAAAUUGUUCAAUGUGCCCUUACUUAACAUCACAACAUCCUUUGUCGCCGAAGAACAAGCUCUGCUUGGCGAAAGGGCUAGCACUGGUUCAGUUGAAUCGGGUGAUGGUUCAGGGAUUCGGUCAGAAGAACUUCCCUCGGUGUCCACUUCCUUGGUCCUCGCCUCUAUUUUUGGCGUUGCAGAAGCUGUUGCACUAUAUAUUGGUUCGGGUUUCUUAAUGAAUAUCAUGGGUAUACCUGUAGUACGUCACAGCUUGAUAUGCGUUUGUAUGAAUUUUCUUGUUAAGAUAUCACUGAAUCAAAAUUCAGGCUGCCAUUUGGUUGCCUAUAUAUAUUCAAUUUACUAGACACUAUCCGAAGACUGGAUGUGUAAUAUAAGUUCUUCCGUGGUUUACAGGGUUCACCUAUGCGAGCGCCAGCUGAGCAGUUCCUUACAUUAAGGGCGAUUGGUGCUCCACCCAUUGUGAUAGCCCUUGCUGCACAGGGAGCUUUUCGUGGGUUUAAAGAUACAAAGACGCCUCUAUAUGCCAUUGGUUUUGGCAACUUGUUGAAUGCAAUCCUAGAUCCAAUCUUGAUAUUCCUUUGCAGUUUUGGCAUAGGGGGAGCUGCAGUUGCCACUGUGAUAUCUGAGUACGUCAUUGAUGUGGUACCUAAUUGCAAUUAUCCUUCUCUGGAAGUUGAAUGAUAAAGUGAAGCUGGUCUCUCCAGAGAUGGAUGGAAGAAGACUAAUCCGCUAUCUUAAUUCUGGUGGCCUUCUCAUUGGUAGGACUGUAGCAGUGCUUUUAACAAUGACACUGUCAACAUCCUUGGCAGCUAGGGAGGGGCCAAUAUUCAUGGCUGGUCAUCAAAUUUGCAUGCAAGUUUGGUUGGCUGUAUCCCUGCUCAAUGAUGCUUUAGCAAUUGCUGGUCAGGCUCUGCUGGCCGGUGGCUACUCCAAAGGACAGUAUGAAGAAGCACGGCAAGUGACUUAUAAAGUUCUGCAGAUUGGUUUGGGGACUGGAAUGGCUUUGGGUGCCACACUACUUCUUGGAUUUGGAUCUUUUGCUAGCCUAUUCACCACAGAUGCUGAAGUCCUAAAAAUUGCUUCCUCUGGUAUUUGGUUCGUUGCUGGUUCUCAGCCUGUGAAUGCUGUAGCUUUCGUUCUCGAUGGCCUCUACUACGGUGUUUCAGACUUUGGAUAUGCUGCCUACUCCAUGGUUUGUUCUUCUUCAUGCUAGACUAACUGAAGAGGAGCGUGGUAUUACAAAUACUGUAUCGUCUCUGGUUUUCCAGUUCUGAGCCAAGCUUGGUGGUUGGUUUUUGGCAGGUGGUAGUUGGUCUAAUCUCAUCAUUGUUUCUACUCUGGGCUGCUCCGUUGUACGGUCUUCCCGGCGUCUGGGCUGGGUUAUUCCUCUUCAUGAUCUUGCGUGUCCUUGCUGGUAUAUGGAGGUUGGGCGAUAAAAAUGGGCCUUGGAAGGUGGUUUGGGCCGAAACCAACCAGGAAAAGGAGUAGCAUGGCGCGACCUGGCUCGAGAGUUGACGCGGCCCAAACAAGGAUUGAACGGCUUUGCAUGUAUAUAUAUACUUUUCUCUUCUCUGGCACCCGAACAAAAAAUUGUAGCAGUACAGUGUUCGCUCGCUUCUGUGCGGUGGCGCUAUUAGCUGUUUGGUUCAGAUCCUCGCUCAAGAUUCUACGUGUAUACCGCAUAACUUGGUUAGGGUUACAACUUACAAAAGAAGUUCCUCUACCUGUGUAGACAGAAGAGAAAAAUUCUGAACAGUAGCUCGUAAUCCAACUAUACAGACAAAUCUAAAACUGAGACAGCCGAAC